UGCAAAAAAUUAGUAUACAUAAACGACAAGGAUUUGAUUACGAAUUUUAUAUUCUUUCUCCUUACUACCUUUUUUAUGAUUGUGCGUAUAUAAAGUAAUCAUUUAGCUUUUUGUGUUUUUCUUGUUUUGUUUUUUGGAAACAAUACCUGUCUCUUCCCGUGCUGUGCCACACACCGUCCUUGUGUUUUGUGGACAACAUAAAUUAUUGCGGUUUCAAUGCUAAAAAUGCAUUUUUCGGGAUAAUUCAAGGAACUCUUGCCUUUAUUGACAAGCAAGGCGCUGUCCCUCGCCACCUGUGGUGAAUUGUACAACAGCUGUGUUUGUAGCACAAUGAGAGCUAAGGCUCGAAUGUUAGCUCUUUGAUAAUGAGGGCCUGUCUCGUCUUAACCCUAGGUCUUUAGGUGUUUACCAGGUGUACACUUGUAAGCGUGCACCUGACAUGCAGCUCCUGCUGUUAAAAUACAGACCAGAUAUUACUACUACUCAGAUAAUUUCAUUUAAUUUUGUUGAAACUUGGUGUGUAUAUACACAGACAAUAAUGAUAUUUAUCUCCUGAAAUUCUGAAAGAAAGUUUCUGCAACUUCAGUAUAUAUCUGCUAUCUUAGAUUUCAUUUUCUGGACAAAAUGUUUGGAAUUUUCAGACACAGUUUUAAAGUCUUCUUUAAAUUUAACUUAAAUGCUGAGCUCUUGACCUUUCACAACAUGCAAACAGAAGUAUGGAUUUUUAGUUAAAUUGAGUAAUUUUAUCUUAAAAUCAGGCCAUAUUUUUCAGAAAUCUAGAAAGUUUCCCUAGCUACUAGAUAGAUAGAUGUGCAUAUUUUACAUGGCUAGCCUCACAAAUAUCGAGAGAUACACCCCAUCUAUUAUUUCCAGGAGGUGCCGUGGCUUAGAUGGGGAGUCCUAGAGUAUUUAAUGCUCAUUUUGUGCUACACAGACCCAAUUAGGGUCCGCGCUUCCCCAAUUUCCUCACAUGGCUUCGGUAAACCCAGGGCUAUUGCAACAUUCACUCGCCCAUUUUAAAUCGCAGUCAAGGGGAAUCGAAUCCCGGCCGUUGUAAUCAUUAAACUGCGGCAUCACAAAGUAAUCUAGCUACUAAGUAAUUUACCUUAGCAACCACACAAAUUGUUUAUUUGAGUAUUAUUUGAGUUUUUAAGACCAUAAACUUCAAGGCAUCCAGGCUCUGCUCUGUCCCUCUAUCUAUAUAUAUAAUCAGGUGAUAUUAAAGAUUCUGCCUCAUAUGGUGGAAAUCAAUCACACAACAUGCAUAAUGGAAACAACACUGCUCCUGCUUUAUGGAAGGCAGGAGUGUGCUGUGGGGUAGUUUAUUUGAUCCAUGAUCUUUGCAGCAUUUAGGAAGUUAGUGUGUGAGUUAUAUGCACUGUUAUAUAUUUCACAGCCAAAACAUCUGCAGAAAAAAGAGUUUUCUCUGGAAUUGACUGGUGCAGACUUCAUUUUUAGUCCAACAUUUUAAUAACAUGAUUCGGUUUGCUGUUGUCCACAGAGCUAAAGAUGGACUUGCCUUGUCUGCUUCAACAGACAUGGACAAUGGCGUGGAAUUACGAGAAAGUAAAAGAUAUGCAAAGCUAGUAUCCAGAAAGUCAAGACAAUUUCCUGUUCGAAGUUGGAUGGCUGUGGGUCGAUUUCGAAUUUUCUUCUUUACAGAAUCAGAUGUGUGCUUUCUGUUGAUCAGUGAGUCAACAUUUGCACCUGUGUUGGCUUACAGUUUUUUAGAUGAUUUGAAAAGAGAAUUUCUUAGUAAAUAUACCAGAGGAGCUGUCAAUAAAGCUGUCCGGCCUUAUUCUUUCAUAGAAUUUGAUGCUUACAUACAAAAAACCAAACAAAAAUACAACAACACAAGAACAUUAUACACAAGAAUAGAUCUAUCUAGCAUAAGUGAAGAAUUAAAAAUUAACGCCCCUUUCGAAGUGAGUGAAAGAGAUCUCGGUCAGUCUGGCAUCGUGUCAAAUGGGAUAACAAAGACAACAACAUCACUUCCUUCUCCUGUUCGCAAGCUAUCUCCUCUAACCACCAUAGCUUCAAUUUCAUUAGCUCUGUCUGGAGUGUGUACAGUGUUAAAUAUUAUUAGAUUAAUACCUUUCAUAAGUGAACAUACAGGCGAUUUCAACAAUGAAAGUCCUUGGAUGUGGAUAAGUUUCUGUUUUUUUCUAUCAGCGACAGUUAAUCUUCUUCAGUGUUACGUGUUGUUGUAUCCUGUCUGUCAGCGAGUGCUUAUCAACGCAACAUGCUUCGCAGUUGGAAUGUGGUUGCUCUACUGUUUGUACGACUUAAGAAACUUAAUUCAAAUCGCUUUUCAUUUCAUCUCGUCAGGACUAAUCACGUUUAACACGUGGAAUCGACCGCUACUUGGUAAAUUACCGAAUUAUAACGUGUAGUAACGUGUAACAAAAAACAUAUCUCUGAUUUGCAGAAGAGAUUUUAGAAGAAUGGAGAGUUUCAUAACUGUAAGGUGUUCUUGAAGAAACGAAAAGUAAUGAAAAGUACGAAUAGACUUCAGACGGAAUAACCAAUCAGACUAUAGUGCGCUAAUGACGUCAUAGACUUCAAUACUUCUCGCAUAACCUGCAAUGCGAUAUGGUAAUUUGAAAAAGUUUUUUUAAACAAUUUCAUAGAAAAUAUUCCAUAAUUUAUAUUGUUUCAUAUAUUUCUUUCCACCCGCCUUAAAAGCGCUGGUGAAUUAUUUAUGCAGAGCAAAGAAAUAUAUGAUUUUUUUUCUUGGUUGAA